AUGGCCUCGCCGGCCGUGGGGCCGUGCCCCCGCCCGCUGCCUCCCUCCGCGCCCGGUUCCAUGCGCCGGCGGUCCCCCGGCCCCGCCGUUUCCCCCGAGCCGAUGGGCGGCCGGUCCCCGGGGAGCCCCGGCGGGGCCAGGGCGGCGCGGCGGCGGCGGCUGCGGCGGCGCGGCGGAACCCCGCGGCUGCUGCCCGACGUGCGGAGCAUCUUCGCGGCGCCGCGGGAGCCGGCGGAGCGCGGCCGCGGUCACCGCUUCGCCCCUCGCCCCCCGCGCCGCGGCUGGUGCGACCUGUGCGGAGAGGCGGUGCGGGAGCGCGCCCUGCGCUGCGACUACUGCAGAUACACGUGCCACCAGGAGUGCCGCAGCCUCAUCCAGCUGGAUUGCCGCCGGCCGGGCCAGUGCCAGAGCCAGCUCUCGCCUGAGAGCACCCUCCUGCCGCCCUGCAGCCAGAAUGUAACACAAACAGUAGAAGAAGAAAAACCCGAGCCUCCGACCAUCCAGGAGAUCAAACAGAAAAUUGAAAAAUACAAUGCAAAAGUUACAAACUGCCUGUUGAUGAAGCUGAAUGACGAUGGGACGUACACGGGUUUCAUUAAAGUGCAUUUGAAACUGCGCCGCCCCGUGACGGUACCGGCAGGGAUCCGGCCGCAGUCCAUCUACGAUGCCCUCAAGGAGGUGAACCUGGCCGAUAUGACGGACAAGAGAACCUCGUUCUACUUGCCGCUGGAUGCCAUCAAGCAGCUCCACAUCAGCAGCACGACCACGGUGAGCGAGGUGAUCCAGGGCCUCCUGAAGAAAUUCAUGGUGGUGGAUAAUCCCCAGAAGUUUGCACUUUUCAAGGAGAUGCGGAAAGAUGGGCAAGUGCUCUUCCAGAAGCUCCCUCUCACCGAGUACCCCCUGUACCUCCGGCUGCUGGCGGGCCCCGACACAGAUGUGCUCAGUUUUGUGCUGAAGGAAAAUGAAACAGGGGAAGUUGAGUGGGAUGCAUUCUCCAUCCCAGAGCUACAGAACUUCUUGAUGAUACUGGACAAAGAAGAAAAGGACAAAAUCCAGCAAGUGCAAAGGAAGUACGAGAAGUUUAAGCAGAGACUGCAACAGACCUUGAAAGAAGCCAGAGGCAAGCCUGGAUAACCCUU